GCCCCGCCGUGUUGACGUCACGUGACUAUCUCAACGUAAAGUUGGCGCAGGGCGCUCGCUACUAGGCUAGCCAACAAGUUGCUGGUCUGCCGCGGCCGUGUGCUGUGUUCCGCGUGGUGUGUUGUGUGGAGUGUGUAGUAUGUAGUGUUCGCCAUUCUCCAUCUGACGCUAUCUUAGAAGGUUUAAGACAAUGACGAGAAAGCGGCAUUCUGAUACUGAUAGUUUGAAGACGAGAAAGUACUGUUACAGCGGAAUAAUGUCACUUCAAAUACUUUAAACAGCAGGCUAUAACCGGUAAAAGGAGAAAACAGCAAAUUUUGAAGUUUUAUAGACCACGUGGCGUGGAGCUACAGGCUUACUGUUUUUAGAGACUGCCUAUUCAGUGCUUGGGGUGCGACUCCUUCUCCCCCCACACAGAGUGUGUGUCAUUCAUAGAGUAGUCACUUGUUAUGACAGUAUUAUAGCUCUUCGUACCGUCAGCAUUCAGUCUCACUCUCUGUGAUAGACCACGUGGCGUGGAAUUAUUCGUUAUAAUUUAGAGACUGUCUAUUCAGUGCUUGUAGUGGCUACUUUUCCACUCACCUGGAGUGUGUGUAGUUAAUAGAGUAGUCGCUCACUAUAAUACUAUUCUAGCACUCAUACUACAAUCAGCCCCCAGUAGCUUUCUCUUUGUCGUUCUUGUGUAGUUUGGAGAGAAGCCACCGGUAUGACACUAUUCUAGAAGUCUAGCUCAUGAUUGUACCGUACCGUCUCUCUGUGUUGUUAUUAUUAUUCGUGUGAUUUUAGACUGCGGAGGAGCCAACGUAUCCCGCAGCUCUGAAGAGGAUGGACGUGGAGGCGCUGAUCGACGCCGUGUUUGUCCGGCCGGCCAUCUGGGACCGCAACGACAAGCGCCGCUCCAACCGCCAGGUCGUAGACAAGUGCUGGGCAGACAUCCAGGCGGAGCUCAACGUGGAAGAGAUGUUGUUGCGGAGAAAGUGGAAAUACUUGCGUGACCAGUUCGCCAGCGAAUGGGGCAAGAUCGAGACCCUUGGGGCGAACAGUUGCCAGGUGGUCACCUCCAAGUGGCAGUUCUACAAGCAGCUCCUCUUCCUCAAGGGCGUGGCCAAACCGCGGACCUACAAGGUUGUUCCUCAUGGCGAAUGGGACUCCACCCGCGGAGGCGAACCCGGAAGAGAUUCAUCUCGGGACUGGGAGGAUUCUCUGAGGUCAGAGGUGAACGCCGGCGCCGUCAACAACGACAAUAGCAACAGCAACGCGGGUGAGCCGUCCUACGUUGUGGCAGUGAGCGACACGAGUGAGAACGGUGAAGAAGACGGCGACACACGCGCCACCACGCACGCAAGAGACACACACGACACACGAGAAUCACAACACACCAGCACACUUUAUGUUCGAGGAAAGAGGAAAAGGAAACGAAAACGGCUUGGAAACGCUACAGGGGAGGGUAACGAGUUUCAUCCAGCAAGCCUAGCUAACAUUUACGACAGCCUUGAAACCAUUAUACACAACACAAAUCCAAGUUCCCGAAACGUUGGUCCAACGGAAGAUGAUGACGACCUGCUCUUCCUCAAGUCCCUGUUGCCUCACAUCAAGGGAAUUCCCAUGCCCAAGAGACUCUGCUUCAGAGGUCGCCUGCUGGAGCUGGUUCAGGAGUUUGCUUACCCGCCACCUGAGGACCAGAAAUUUCUUGUGUCGUAACACCUUCUGGUGCCAAAGUAUGAUAUGUAGAUAUUACCAUGUUGUUUGUGGUGCUAUGCUCUCAUUAUGUACUCUAAGGUAUAAAAGAAAAAA